CGUUCAUGACCCAUAAGAGAAAAGGAGGGAAAGAGAAAACCUCUAAAAAGGAGUAAAAAUAGUUAUUUUUAUUUUAUUUUAUUUUUAAUGAGAAGCUUAAAGCAGUUGGCCCUAACCCGUUGAGGUGACUCGUAUGAGAAGUGAAGUUCAGUUGGCGGGAAACUGAAAGUUGGAAGCGCCGAAAUGGGAUCGGAAAGCGUGGUUCCGAAAUGGGCUUCUCAGCCUUGCAUUAUGGGAAUCGACGAAGCCGGUAGAGGCCCGGUUUUGGGUCCCAUGGUCUAUGCUUGCUUAUACUGCGCUCGCUCCUACCAGAACACUCUCUCCUCUCUCAGUUUUGCAGAUUCCAAAACCCUCAAAGAAGACAAGAGGGAAGAACUCUUUGAAGCUCUCAAAUCCAAUGACUCUCUUGCUUGGGCCGUUGACGUCAUCGAUCCCAGGGACCUCUCCGCUAAAAUGCUCCAGAAGAACAAGAUUAACUUGAAUGAGAUUUCACAUGAUUCUGCUAUGGGACUCAUUCAUAGGGUUCUCAAAUUGGGAGUGCUCUUAACCGAGGUUUAUAUAGAUACAGUUGGAGAUCCAGGGAAAUACGAAGUGAAGCUAUCUAAAGUUUUUCCGUCUAUCAAAUUUGUUGUUGCAAAGAAGGCUGAUAGUCUUUAUCCCGUUGUUAGUGGUGCAAGCAUUGUUGCAAAGGUCACAAGGGACAGGGCUUUAAGAGAUUGGGUUCUUGAUGAGAGUGUUGAAAACAUGCACAGAAACUUUGGCUCUGGAUAUCCUGGAGAUCCCCAAACCAAGUCUUGGCUAGAAGAUCACAAGCAUCCAAUCUUUGGAUUUCCGACAUUGGUCCGGUUUAGUUGGGGAACCUGCAAUACCUAUUUUAAAGAUGGUGCGGAGGUCUUAUGGGAGUCUGACAAAACGGAUGAAGAUGGUGGCAACAAUAAUAGCAAUGGCAAGCGGCAGUUGAAGCUAAGCAACGUGGGUUUCACCUCAUCCAAGAGGAGAAGUGAAGAAAUAGAAUCAAGUGGUAAAGGACGCUGUAGGUUUUUUCAGUCCAGGAAACUUGAGCAACUCACUUAUUUCCAAAAUUAAUGCUUCAUUGUUGCACCUUGUUCUUAUGUCAUCUUUGUUGUAGCUACAUUAUAUCAUUAUAUUGAAUGAUUUUCUAUGGAGUUUGGAUAA